GGAAUCCAGAAAAGAUCCCAUGGGCUUCAACCGAAGCCGACUAUGUCGUGGAAUCCGUUCAUUUUAAGAAGGAGAGGCUGGAUUAGAAGAUGUUAUGGGAGAUCGGGUUGGCAAGUUGGCAUUCAAGAAGGUGCAGCUGAUUGGGAUGAAAAUUGGGAUAAAUUUGAAGAUGAAGAAAAAGAGAAGAAAGAAACGGGGCCAAAUCAAUUUUCAAAGGAUGACGAGAAUGUGACAACCCACUCAAAGAAGGAACAGAGCGAGUUCUGAAGCCAGUGGCUCAACGAAAGCGAGUAUGAUGAAGAGUUUUCUACUGGAGGGCGGCAUCAUUUUUCUACCAAUGAGAAAGAUUCCAGUACUCCAGCUGAUGGGACCACUUUACAUGGGAAACAAGCACGUCCUGAAAAUGAUAGUAAGGUUUUUUUGUUUUUAACUGGUCUUAUAGAUGAUGUACAAAGUCGAAAGCAACAACAAUGAUGGUAUAGUAACAGUACUAUAUACACUUUACAAGAGUAGUGAAACCAGAAGGAAACAUUUGAAAAUGGCUAAUAAUAAGAUACACAUUGAAUUUGAACCAGCACAGGAAACAUUCUGCAAGCCAUUCUUGCUUAUUUCAAUGAAUUAUCAAAGGUUAACAUGACAGAACCCAACAAAAAUGAUGACUUGUGUCAGAGAAAAAAAAGACUCCUGGACAAUAUGUCAUCGUAUAUGAAAUCAAUUCAAGGCCAAGCGAAUGACGACUAAACUAGACAUGUACAAGAAAUUCACAAAUGCUUUGGCUUUAGUUGUUAUCGUGUCGGUGGGCAGGAUAUGCUAUGAGUCAGGUGUAGCGGCGGCGCGUAGAGAUCGAUGGCUGAUGGUAGUAGUGGUUUGAGUGCUAAUAAGAAAGAAGAAAGGGAUACCGAUACUACUCCUUUUCCUGAUCCUGAUUAUAAGUCUGAAGGCCCUGCACAUGCUCGUAGCAAACCUGUGGUACCAUGGUUGGUCCGCAGGAAGAUUCGUGUGUUGAAGACAGUAAAAGGUAUCCUCGACAAGUUGACUCCAGAAAAUUUUGAUCUCCUCAGAGGUCAACUCAUCGACUCUGGAAUCACGUCAGCUGAUAUUCUCAAGGGUGUUGUCUCGUUGAUAUUUGAUAAGGCUGUUCUUGAGCCCACGUUCUGCCCAAUGUAUGCUCAGCUGUGUUCGGAUUUGAAUACAAAGCUCCCCCCAUUCCCCUCCGAAGAACCUGAUGGCAAGGAGAUCACAUUCAAGCGUCUGCUGUUAAAUAACUGCCAAGAGGCUUUUGAAGGUGCCGAUAACUUGAGGGAGGAAAUAAGGCAGAUGACUUCUCUUGAACAAGAGUCAGAGCGUAGGGAGAAAGAAAAAAUGGUUAAACUCCGCACUCUUGGAAACAUUCGUUUAAUUGGUGAGCUUUUGAAGCAGAGAAUGGUUCCUGAAAAGAUUGCUCAUCAUAUUGUUCAGGAGCUUUUGGGGACUGAUAGCAAAAGUUGCCCCGAGGAAGAAAACAUGGAGGCAAUAUGCCAUUUCUUUAAUACGAUAGGCAAACAGCUUGAUGAGAGCCCUAAAUCAAGGAGAAUUAAUGAUCUUUACUUCAGCCGAUUGAAAGAGCUAGCAACAAACCAUCAACUAGCUCCAUGCAUGAGGUUUAUGGUUCAUGAUCUUGUUGAACUCAGAUCAAAUAAAUGGGUUCAAAGACGGGAAGAGGUUGUAGACAUCCCUGAUAAGUUGAUACUUGAAGUCAAACAAGAAGAAGUGGAAACCGAAUUUUCUGGGGAGACAGAGAGCCCGGCCACAAUUGUGUGAUGUUUUGAUAUUUUAUUUACUUGUAGUAUGUGUCAGUUCAGCCUCAGGCACGCUAUUACUUCGAUAAAAAAAAAUAUAAAAAAAUUUGUAUGUAUUAUGUAUGUAUCUCCCGAGGAUAAUAUUUGGAUGUUUGAGACUCA